UUGGGUUGCAGAGUUGUGUUAUUCUUAGUCAAGGCUGUCUGAUCCCUCUGUGUUGUUCUGAUUGGUUUGGGCAAAGUUAAUGCCCAAUUUGUGUUAGAUUUACUUUUUGUAGAUCUCAAAAAAUUUGCCAUUUUUGUGCUAAACAUGGGAAGCUGAUACAUAAACCGCACAAGAAACAACACAAAAGGGAGCUGAAUAGUAGCAGCUCACGGCCAGUAGCGUUGACACAUUACUUUUGAAACUCUAAAUUAAGAAAGAGGUGAAGCAUAUUAAAAAAAACUGAUAUGGGCCUUAAGGAUUCUAAAAGCGAUACUUAUCAUGGUGAUGGUUCAACUGCCUCAGCAGCAGUUUUAGAUGGUGGUCGUAUGGAUGGUUCCACCACCACAAUAGGUGUAGCUUGUGCAGACUCCGGAGGCUCCCUAGUAUUAAUAUUGGGAGACUCGCAAGGCAAAGAUCAACAAUCAUUCAUGGAGUCUCUUCCCGCGGAUAUCGUACAAGAUAUCCUCUCUCGGGUUCCAGCUGAAUCUGUUUUAGGGUGCAAAUUAGUUUGUAAGAAAUGGGUGAAACUCAUCCGGGGAAAUCACUUUGCUAGUAUGCACCUCAGGCGCCUGCUUAACCAUCUCCACGAUGGGGACGAAGAUAAUCUAGCUGCUAAGGUGGAGCCAGGUCUCUUUUUUGCUGGUCGCACCGACGAUCCUGACGUCUACAGAACUUUACUUUUCCAUGGAGGACAACUAAUUGAUAGGAUUAACAACGAUGAGAAAUAUAUCUACAAUCAAAAUCUGAAAAGGAUCUAUCAUCCUCGUAUGCACCAUAAACCUUUACAUAUUCACUUGGUUGGCUCCUGCAAUGGUUUGGUUUGUGCAUUUCAACACCACCAUUUGGUUAUAGAUCCCAUCUAUAUCUGCAAUCCUCUUACCAGAGAAUAUGUGUAUCUUCCUCAACUAGUUGUAAACGAAGAAGACCUUGUUGAUCCCGAAUUUUUUCGUAUAGAAGGAGGAGUGGUUAGCAUGGUUAACCAAACUGCAUGCGGGUUUGGGUACGUUAGUUCAACCAAUGAGUACAAGGUUGUUAGAAUCCAUUACGUCGAUUAUGAAGAAGGAAUUGUUGAAGUAUACACACUUGGCAGUGGUUUUGGGUGGAGAGCGAUAGGUGAGAUUCCCUAUCGACUGGAUAUGUCGUGGGAUGGUAAGGGUAUUUGUGUAAAGGAUGCUAUUUAUUGGACUACGUACAACAAAGUUGUGAAAUUCGACUUGGCUAAGGAAGAGUUUCGGUUGCUGCCUGCCCCUCCUUGUAUGCAAAACCUUCAGAACGAAGAUAAAUGUGGCCUUGUAGCGCUUGGAAGGCAGUUGUGUUACUAUAUGGACAAGUUACGCAUAGAAAUCUGGUCCUUGAUGGAAAGUAGUGACUCGAAGGAAACCUGGCGUAUGGAGUGUGAUUUUGAUUACGAACCCGUAGUAGGUUCUCGUGAAAGUCACUUUUUGCCAAUUUUACUUGCGAAGAAUGGGCAAAUCAUAUUUUUAUAUGAUGAAUCAGUGCUUUAUUGUUAUGACAAGACAACAACAGUUUUGAAGAUGGUUUCCAACGAAGCGUCAGCCGAUUAUUUGGAGUGUGUCGAAGCAGUUGCUCACGUAGAUACCUUGGUAUCAUUGGAAGCCAUGGGGGAAAAUUCAAAGAGAUACACGGUUCAUCCAUGUGGGGUCGGUACUCCAUGGGAUCAUGUUAUCGAUGAGUUAGACCGAGUUGCUCUGGGUGAGGUAGACCGAGUUGCUCUGAGUGAGGAAAUUGAUACGACGCGUUUCAGGUUCAGGCGAGCAUAAAGAUUUGUCCUCUCAUUUCAAUUGUGAUGCAAGAAAUUGAUACGACGCGUUUCAGGUUCAGGCGAGCAUAACGAUUUGUCCUCUCAUUUCAAUUGUGAUGCAAGGAUUGUUUUGUUUGAUGGUUUUUUUUUUUACUUUAGCUCUGGUUGUGUCCCCCCCCUCACUAUUACAUUAAAAGGUUUUUCUUUUGGACACUUCAAUUUUAUAUUUUUCCGUCUUAUCUAA